GAUGCAGGUUGGACGUCCGAGACUUCAUGGACUCUGUCGCAAUGCAGCUGUAAAAGGAAACUGAAACAGUCAACGCUGAAAUCAACUCGAGUCACACUGCCGAAUACUUAGGAGCAGCGCGGAGCAGGGCAGCAGGAUGGGGCCCUCCGGGUCUCAGGAGCAGCUGCUGGGCAGCAACAGCUCGCUGGGCAGGGAGUCGGUGGCGCUGCAGCCGCCGCCGGAGGCCGCGCUCACCUCCGUCGAGAAGAAGUUCCUGCUGUUCGCCGAGCGCGGAGACUGCGCCACCGUCCGGAGACUGCUGGAUGAAUACAAGGAACAGCCAGAGAUCCUCAACAUCAACUGUGUCGAUCCUCUCAACCGGUCGGCGCUCAUCGCAGCUAUCGAGAAUGAGAACAUCGAACUUAUCCGAAUACUUCUGGAUCGAAAUAUCAAAGUCAAGGAUGCGCUGCUGCACGCCAUUAAGGAAGAGUACGUGGAGGCCGUGGAGAUGUUGCUGGAGUGGGAGGAGAUGAUCCAUAAACCCGGAGAACCCUAUAGCUGGGAAGCAGUGGACCGCUCCUCGUCGACCUUCACGCCCGACAUCACGCCACUCAUCCUGGCGGCGCACAUGAACAACUACGAGAUCCUCAAGAUCCUGCUGGACCGCGGCGCCACGCUGCCCAUGCCUCAUGACGUCAGGUGCGGCUGCGACGAGUGCGUGGUGUCGAGCGAGGCGGACUCGCUGCGGCACUCGCAGGCGCGCAUCAACGCGUACCGCGCUCUCACCGCCUCGUCGCUGAUCGCGCUCUCCUCCCGGGACCCGCUGCUCACCGCCUUCGAGCUCUCCUGGGAGGUGCGCCGCCUCUCCCGCAUGGAGAACGAGUUCCGAGACGAGUACAACGAAAUGCGGCAGAACGUGCAGGAGUUCGCCACUUCGCUGCUGGACCACGCGCGCACCUCUCUGGAGCUGGAGAUCAUGCUGAACCACAACCCUGGAGGGGAAAGUUGGGAGCCUGGCGAGAGGCAGACCCUGGAGAGGCUCAAGCUGGCCAUCAAGUACAAGCAGAAGAAGUUCGUGGCGCAUCCGAACGUGCAGCAGCUGCUGGCCGCCAUCUGGUACGAGGGCCUGCCCGGCUUCCGGCGGAAGAGCAUGGUGGGCCAGCUGUUCGAGGUGGCCAAGCUGGGCUCCAUGUUCCCCGUCUACAGCAUGAUCUACAUGAUCGCACCCAACUCCAAGAUGGGCCUCUUCAUGAAGAAACCCUUCGUCAAGUUCAUCAUACACUCCGCCUCCUACGCGUUCUUUCUUUCUCUCCUGGGCCUGGCGUCGCAGCGCGUGGAGUUCAUGCUGAUCGAGUGGUUCGGCAACGACUGGCUGCGCUCCAUCCUGGCAGAGUGGAAGCGCAAGGAGCGCGGAUCGCUGCCGGGGCUCGUCGAGUUCGUCAUCAUCAUCUACGUCUUCAGUCUCAUGUGGUGCGAAAUAAGGUCUCUGUGGGGCGGCGGGCUGUUGGAGUACAUCACGGACCUGUGGAACGUCGUCGAUUUCAUCACCAACAUUUUCUACAUGCUGUGGAUAGCUCUCCGCUUCACUUCGUGGUACAUCGUGCAGCGGGAGUACAGCCAGGGCAUGGAGCCCUGGUACCCUCGCGAGAAGUGGCACCCCUUCGACCCCAUGCUGCUGUCCGAAGGCGCGUUCGCCGCUGGAAUGAUAUUCAGUUUCCUGAAGUUGGUGCACAUCUUCAGCGUCAACCCGCACCUGGGGCCGUUGCAGAUCUCCUUGGGCCGCAUGAUCAUAGACAUCAUCAAGUUCUUCUUCAUCUACACGCUGGUGCUGUUCGCCUUUGGGUGUGGUAUGAACCAGCUGCUGUGGUACUACGCGGACCUGGAGAAAGCAAAGUGUUACCACCUGCCCAGUGGACUGCCGGACUUUGAUAACGAAGAGAAGGCUUGUGCCAUAUGGAGGAGAUUUACCAAUCUGUUCGAGACGUCACAGUCACUCUUCUGGGCAAGUUUUGGAUUGGUUGACCUGAUGAACUUCGAGUUGGUCGGCAUCAAAAGUUUCACGCGAUUCUGGGCCCUGCUGAUGUUUGGUUCGUACUCUGUCAUCAACAUCAUCGUGCUGCUCAACAUGCUCAUCGCUAUGAUGUCCAACUCCUACCAGAUCAUUUCGGAACGCGCGGACACGGAGUGGAAGUUCGCUCGCAGCCACCUGUGGAUCAGCUACUUCGAGGAGGGCGACACGGUGCCGCCGCCCUUCAACCUGGUGCCCACCACCAAGAGCCUCGCCAAGGUGUUCGGCUGCGGCUCCGGCAAGCGCCUGUCCACGUCCACCAAGAAAAAGUCCCGGGAGAAGGCGCAGGAGCGCCAUGACACGGUGAUGCACCUGCUGGUGCGCCGCUACGUCACGGCCGAGCAGCGCAAGCGCGACGACUUCGGCAUCACCGAGGACGACGUCAUCGAGAUCCGCCAGGACAUCUCCACGCUGCGUUACGACCUCAUCGACAUCCUGCGCACCAACGGCAUGACGACGCCCAACGUCGACAUGCAGGAGUCAGCAGUGGGCAAGAAGGGUCGCGUCAUGGAGCGCCGGCUGCUCAAGGACUUCCAGAUCGGCUUUGUGGAGGGCAUCGUGAGCGACGCCAUCCGCAAGGGCCCUGGAGGACCAAAGGACGUGUUCAGCAAGAUCGCCAAGGCCAUCGGGAAGCGAACCAGCUCCAAGAAGAAGGACUGGAACGCCAUGGUGCGCAAGAACACCGUGGCGCGAGACCCCAUCGGUUCCACGACGGAAGCGCAGACACGCCGCAGCAGCCGCCAGAGUUUACGCAGGUACAUCAUCGAGAAGCAGAAGGAGGGCCUCGACCCCGAGAAGCUGCUGGAGUACAACCCGCGGCUGUCGACGCUGACGCCGUCGGCGCGCGUCGCCUACGCCAAGUUCAAGAUCAGCAAGAUCCGCCAGGAGUACGACUCGGGCGCGCGCGGCAGCGUCAGCAGCGACACGGCGCGCGCCACGGUCGAGGACGAGGUGCGCGCCGCCGACGACGUGUUCGACGGGCCGGUCAGGGCGCCGACCGCCAACGCCAGGCCCGCGGGGGGCGCCCCCUCCAAUGCUGCCAACCUCUGGGCGCGCGCCGGCGCCAAGAUCGCUUCCAACGCUGGCAACCCGCCGGCCGCCGCCCAGAGGCCGCGGCCGCGACCCGCGCUGCAGGCCAACAACGUGGCCAAGCCGCCGCCGCCCACGCCG